GAAAACACAAGUGAUAAUAGUUAAUUUUCGCGCUCUUCUCAAAUACUCUUGAGCGAAUCGUGAAAAAUCAUAGAUUUUUGCUAAUAUAAAAUAUCUAUAUAUUAGAAGAGAAUUUAAAGACAUUCUGUAGGUUAAUCUACUUUCAGUGUAUUUAUCAAUGAAUUCAGAAGUCAGACCUUCGAGAACAGCAAGAAAAUCAAGGAAUCAGGGAAAUGCAAGUGUAACACUAAAUAUUACUGAGUCUGAAUCAAAUGCAGCCUCUUCAUCAGCUUCAAACACUGUAAGAAAAAGUGCCAGGAAAUCCACAGGAACUAGAAAAGCUGCAAAUACUAAUCAAAUUCAGGGAGUACCAAAUGCAGCCAGCAGCUCAUUAGGAAUUUCUCAAGAUACAACUGUUCCUUUUUCACAACCAGGUUGUUCCAGGGACGAUGGCAAUUUAUCUGAUUAUGAUACUGAACCUACAAGAUCACUGAGGAGCUCUCUAAAUUCUACAGUGCCUUUAUCUCGUCCAGGUUGCUCCAAAGAUCCUGACUCUUCUGAUUCUGAAGUUUCACCAAAUUUAUCACGGAAAAUGUUAAGACGUAAAGCUCCAACUCCUGCAACCAAAACCUCUAAAAAGCCUCCUGUCGUUGUGUCUUCAUCGUCUCCAUCAUCUACUUCUGAAGAAUCUGAAUUUGAAGAAUUGUUAAAAAAGCAAGCUGAUAAGAAGCUUAAAGCUCAGGCAAAAGCUGAGGAAACUUCAAUAAAGAAGACAGUAAGAAGUGAAAAUUCAUCAGUGGAUCCAAGCAAUCUUGUUAAUCAAUGUGUUUUCUACAUAUUGGUUGCAGAUCGAAGUAAAAAAGCAAUAAGAAAGCGAGAUAUCAUACACCAUGUGUUUGAUGGACGAAAUACUCAUCUGUUUCCUGAAAUAUUAAAAAAGGCUGCUUCCUGUCUUCAAAAGAUUUUCGGAUUUGAACUUAUGGAGCUUAAAAGCAAUAAAAAUGAAUAUUUACUUGUAAAUAAUUUGUGCCAUCAAUAUGAUGUUCAGGAAUACGCUGAAUAUUCUCGCAUGGAGAGGCAGAUACAAGGACUUACAUUCCAUAUACUUACCUUAAUUUUCAUGAAUGAAAAUUCUAUCAUGGAAGAUGAGUUGUGGAAAGCCUUAGAACCUCUUGGAAUAGAAAUCAAGUCCCGAAAACCCCAUCCUAUUUUUGGAGAUGUUCAAAAAUUUAUUACUGGCACUUUAGUAAAACAGAUGUAUUUAGUGCGUCGUCAAUUAUCAAAAGAUCCACCACUAUUUGAAUUAACUUGGGGAGAACGAGCUCAUAAAGAGGUUUUGAAAGAAGAUAUUUUGGAAGAAUUUGUUUGCAAGAUUAUGCCCGAUACAAAACCUGAAGAGUGGAUACUGCAAUACAAGGAUGCCAAAGGAAAAUUUAAAGAUAUUGAUGCAGAAAUGGAAGCAGAAUAGCUGACUUUCCAUCAAUGAUUGAUCUGUGAUUCUUGUGUGUUUAUAUAUAUUUCUUAAAACAUAUUUCACAUUUAAAUCCAUUUGUUAACUAAAAAUUGCUUCAUAAUUUAUUAUCAUUCAUUAUACAAAUAUAGAUAAAACCUUUUACUACUAAGGAAGUGUAAAUAACUUUGAGGUUUUUGAUAAGAAAUAUAAGGCAAUUAGAUAUGUGUGAUUUGUUGAAAUUAUUGCAUAAUUAUCCUUUUUUUUUUUUUUUUUUCCUUUGCAUUUUUGUUCAUUUUACUAAUUACAAAAAUUGAUCAACUCUCAUUAUUUUUUAGUUUCUGUUUAAUUUUAAUACAUAUCUUUAUGCUUCAUUUUCAUUUGUUUCAACGUAUUGAUUUUAAGGUGCAUAAAAAUCUAUCAUAAGUCAAUUGUUGAAAUGGAGGGCAAGAAAUGAACAUGUUUAUCGAUAGCAGCUGCUUCCAUAGAUCAUUAUUUUGUGUUUAUUUCACAAAAACUUAGGAGGAAGUUAAUCUGAAAAAAUUUACACCAUCAUAAAAUUGAGAAAUUUUACCUUUUCAAUUAUAUCAAUUUAAAUUUUGUGCAAUUUUCUUUCAUUUGUAAUUGAGAAAAUAAUUUGUGAAAUUUAUAGAUACUCCUUUGUGAAGAUGAAAUCUUUGAACUAAUCUAUUGCUACUUUUUAAAAAAAAUUCUUUUAUUUUAAUAUGUGAAUCUUCAAAA